AUGCCAGGCAGCCAAAGCUCUGCAGUUCACGUCAAGACAGAAGUCCCAUUGGGACCUGGAGGCCCAGGAAGCCCGGCACCGUCAGCUCCCAGUCCUGCGGCGCCGUCAUCCUCGUCGACAAUACCUCCUGAGAGCGUGCCUCUGACUCCCCCUAGCCCGACCAAAGUUCAAACCGCACCUCCCACCAGUCCGUCCUCUGUCAGCCCAGCAGAGCCGCCUCCACCACCUCCGCCAUCUCAGAAACCGACUCCUCCAUCCCGUAAGCGGUUCAGACGCCUUCGGUUGCUGUUUUACCUUCUCUUCUUCAGCGCUGUGACUUACGGCGGAGCCGUUUUUUACGCCCUGGGAAAUGACAACUUCCAUGAUUUCUUUACGGAGUAUAUUCCUUUUGGUGAAGAGGCAGUGUUAUAUUUCGAGGAGCGAUCCUUUCAGAAGAGGUUUCCCCACACGAGACACAACGUGGUUAGACUUCCUCGACCCGACAGACAAGAUGAGGGCAAGGUUACCACGAUCCCAACGAAGUCCGGCAUCUCCUGGCGAGUAGCAGACGAGCAACCGUCGAGCAGUGAUGCUUCUCAAAAGGGCAAGCAUAUGAGUGCAUUGGAUGCCAACGAGCCGGCUUCCAAAAAGGACACCACUGAUGCGAAAGAUGAUCCGAAUGGCGCUACACCGAAGGAGAGAAGUGCCGCUGUUGAAUCCGUAAAGAAGGACUCCAGUGUCACGACGGAGAGCCCCGCGCCGCAUGAUAGCUCCGCGAAAGCAUCGAGUCUAACGACCGAGUCACCUGCGAAGAGUGAUUCGAGACCACCAGCUAUCUCGCCAGUCACCCAAAUUUCACCUUUGGCAGUCCCCAAUGCCGAGGAACCUGUGGUACAAGAACUCGUCAAGAUCGUUAACGACCUCAUCACCGUCGUGAACGCGGACUCGCCCGACGCCGCCAACCAGUACUCCGCCCCAAUGGCCAAGGCCAAGGAAGCCCUUGAGUCGGUCGCCAGCAAGAUUUCUUCUCUCCGCGAAGCUGAACGCAAAGCGGCGGAAGAGCAGAUUGAGCAAGCGCACAAGGAGUUCGACGAAGGCGCCAGACAACUUCUCAAACGCAUCGAGACCGCCCAAGCCGAAGACGACGCUCGGUACCGAGAAGAAUUUGAGAGCGAACGGGCUCGUCUGGCACAGAUCUACGAGGAGCGGAUGAGGACGGAGAUCCAACGCAGCAAGGAACUGGCAGAACAACGCCUCAAGAACGAGCUCGCGGAGCAAGCAAUCGAGCUGAAACACCAGUUUGUCAAGGAGAUCAAAGAGCUCGUUGAGUCAGAACGCGAAGGCCGCCUUGCCAAACUGUCCGACCUUAGCUCCAACGUCGAGAAUCUCACCGAGCUGACGGCCAACUGGAACGGAGUGAUUGACGCGAAUCUGGCGACCCAGAAACUCCAGGUCGCAGUUGACGCGGUCCGCGCGGCUCUCGACCAGUCCGCCGCAUCCGAGGCGAAGCCGAGAGCAUUCGUGCGUGAAAUGGCCGCGCUCAAACUCGUGGCCGACGGCGACCCGGUCGUCGACGCCGCCAUCGCCUCGAUCAACCCGGCAGCAUACCAGCGCGGGAUCCCCAACCAGUCCCAGCUGAUCGACCGGUUCCGGCGCGUGGCCAACGAAGUCCGCAAGGCCAGUCUGCUGCCGGAGAACGCGGGCGUCGCCUCCCACGCAGCCAGUCUGGUCCUGUCGAAAGUCCUGUUCAAGAAGCAGGGCCAUCCCACCGGUGACGACGUCGAGAGCGUGCUCACUCGCACAGAGGCCCUGUUGGAGGAAGGAGAUCUGGAUGACGCCGCGCGCGAAAUGAAUUCUCUGUCCGGCUGGGCUAAGCUGCUGAGCCGGGACUGGUUGGCCGAUGUGCGCAAAGUCCUGGAAGUCAGACAGGCGUUGGAUGUCAUCGAGACCGAGGCCAGACUGCAGUGUCUCCGUGUGGAAUAG